AUGUUGCCACACCAAUCCAAUUCCACUCUAGCAAAUGGGUUGAUCGAUUCGAAGACGAAAACCAUCCUUACGACCAGUGGCGGCGGGGCGUUCAUGUCCCCGAUUGGACCAAUCCAACUGACGGCCGAAGAAUGCAACGACAUCCUGAUGAAGCGGGCGGCGGCCGCGGUCGCCGCGAACAAUCAGCACGCCAUCACCAACAACAACGAUGCACAGCAUGCGGCCAUCUCCGUGCAGGUGCAGAAAGUAAUCCAGGGCCUGGAAGAGGGUGAUGAUUCGCAGGCGACCACAUCGAAUCAUCAGAUGAAGAUCGAACCGACACUCAGCAUUUCCCCGAAGCUCGAGGCUCAGGAGGCUACCACACCGACACCGAACGUGGUCCCCAAGGAGCGUCCGUAUUCGUGCGAUCAGUGCGGCAAAUCCUUCCUGCUGAAACACCAUCUAACCACACAUGCGCGUGUCCAUACAGGCGAACGUCCACACGUUUGCAUCCAUUGCGGCAAGGACUUUGCCCACAAGCACUGUCUCAACACGCAUUUGCUGCUGCACUCGACCGAGCGUCCGUACCAGUGUCAGGAGUGUAAGAAGAGCUUCACACUAAAGCACCAUUUGCUGACGCAUUCACGGGUGCACUCGCGCGAACGACCCUUCGUUUGCGAUCAGUGUGGUCGGUCUUUCCCGCUCAAACGUCACCUGGUGACACACAGCAAGUUCCAUGCCGGCGAGCGUCCGUACGUAUGUGCGGAUUGCGGCGAAAGCUUUGCCCAGGACGAACACCUCGUAAUGCAUUCGCGGUUCCACGGUUCGGUCAACCCGUUCCAUUGCCGUGACUGCGGAGCGACGUUCCCGCGCAAGUUCCAGCUGGUUAACCACGGCAAGAUCCACGGGCGCGUACCGCACUCCUGCACGCUCUGCGGCAAAGAGUUCCUCCAGAAGCGCACGCUAGCAGCUCACAUGAGAAUCCAUACCGGAGACCAACCGUUCCCGUGCAUCGCUUGCGGUGAAGGUUUCCGUACGAAAUCUGAACUCAACGCACAUAACCGUCACACGCACGGUGGAAUAAAUCCCAAUUCAGCCAACACCACAAUUAUCACGACGAAUACCGUGGUCACGUCGAAUGCGCAGCAGCAACAGCAACAGGCUCAGGCGCAAGGCCAACAGCAGCAGCAUCAGCAGCACAUCGAGCAAGUGCAGGAUGUGGCGAAUGGCAACAUCAUCACUACGAUCGCUGCUACAGGCCAGGGUUCUCCUGAGGCAUCCCCGAAGCCACAGUACGCCUGUCGCGAAUGUGGUAGCGCGUUCAACAGCCGCGAGGCGUUGGCACUUCACCUGCGUCUGCACACCGGUGACAAGAGCCUGAUGACGGAUCUUUGUGCCCUUACCGCAGCGAUACCGGGUCAUCUCUUCCCGGCUGCGACUGCCGGUGGCGCUACGAUCAUGGCGACAAACCCCGUAAUACAAAACUCUUCCUUUCCAGUACAAAUUAUUACCUCCUCUGGGCAAGUCCAACAUCAGCAGCAAUUACAGCAAGCGCAGCAGGUGGUACAGCAACACCAACAGCCGCAAACCGUCGUCCAGCAACAAAGCCAACAGCAACAGAUUCAACAUCAACAGCAGCAGCAACAACAACAGCAGCAGCAACAACAACAACAACAACAGCAGCAGCAACAGCAACAGCAGCAGCAACAGCAUCAGCAGCAUACGGUUGUUGUAGCGCAGACGAAACCCAAAUCGCACUACUGCACCCACUGCGGUAAGGGCUUUGCGGCGAAGCACGGUCUUUUGCUGCACAACCGGCGCCAUCCGAACGGCGGUUGCACGGUGCGGACCCACGUGUGCGAGUGUGGCAAGGCUUUCUUCCAGAAAAAUCACCUGAUGCUACAUCAGCGUCAGCAUCUGGAGCAGAAUCAACGCACCGGCGGGGGUGGCGGUGCAGGUGGUGCUGCCGGUGGCGGUGCUGGAGGACAGGCUCAACAACAACAGCAGCAGAGCCAAGCAGCCACCGGUCAACAGCAGCUCGUGGUGAUUCAGCAACCGAACCAGGAAACCUUGGUGCAGCAACAGCACCAGACGACCACCCAACAGCAGCAACAGGCAGCGGCCGUUGCAGCCGCUCAGCAGCAACACCAAUUGCAACAACAGGCACAACAGCAAGCCCAACAGCAGGCCGUGGCAGUGCAGCAGCAACAACAAAACCAGAACAAUCAGCAUGCCAUGCGCAACCUGGUCAUCGCCAAUCAGCCCGUGCAGGUGCAGGUCCUGGAGGGUAACGCGACCCAAGUGAUCAAGUACGAGAUCAUUCACGACACGUCACGGCAGUCAAACGUCGAUGGCCCUGCUACUAGUGCCGCUGCCGCUACUGCUGCUACCGCUGCUGGCGGUGUUGUUGUCGCCACUCCGCCCUCCUCUUCCUCUGCCAUCUCGUGCAGCACCAUUACGGCGCUGUCAGCGGCUCGUCCGAUCGUAGUUACGUCGGCGAGUGACACCGGCACCGGUUCCGAAUUGGGAGGCAUCACAGGCAGUGGUGGUGCAGGGAAUAGUCAACAUCAACAUCACCACGCAGUAGAGAGCAGUGGCGCUGAUGAUGGGGGAGUAGGAGGAGGAAUGGCAGACGGUGGUCAUUAUUUGCUGGCACACGGGCAGCAACAGCAACAGCAGCAGCACCAUCAUGCUGCAGCGGUCGUAGUACCAGGGCAGCAGCAGCAACAACAUCACCAUCACGGUUCGAUCGUGGCAACACCGCAUGGUGCCAGUAAUCAUCCGCCGGUUAGCGGUGGCAGUGGAAUCACUGGUGUUGAUGGCAACGGCGGUGGCAUUCAGCAACACGCUCAGGACGUGAUUAUUUCAUCAGCUGGAAUUAUCAAGCACGAAAAGUUGUAA